UUUCAGCUAGACAAACCGUCUUCACCAUGUUCACUAAGGUUCUUGCAUGCUGUAUUUUUGCCAUCGUGGCAUCCCAGGCAGUUCAGGAGGAAAAGCCUGUGCGGAUACCCCAGCCGUACAGUUACAGCUUCGACAACACCGACGACUUCGGCACCCGGCUGACCCGUCAGGAGACCGGCGAUGAAAACAACGGCAAGGUCGGCUCCUACAGCUACGUCGACCCAAACGGCGUUACACGCACUGUCAAGUACGUCGCCGACCAGGACGGUUUUCGUGUAAAGAUCGAGACCAACGAGCCAGGAACCAGAACCUCCAGCCCUGCCAACGCCCCAUACGAAUCGUCCUGGGUGGCUCCCCCCAACCCAGCCCCAGAAAGGACGGCAGAGAGGAUCCCAGCGUCAGCUAAGCCCGCAUACCAGUCUCCGGUGCCCGUCCAAGCCCUCCAGAACGCUCGCCAAUCCCCAGCUUCCGUCCAGUACUCACGACCAGCACCAGAGUCUGUCCAGUACGCCCGGCAGGCUCCAGCCUCUGUGCAGUACCCUCAACAAGCCCCAGCGUCUGUCCAAUACGCCCGUCCAGCCCCAGUUGCCGUUCAGACCGGUCGCCCAGCCCCAGAGGCCGUCCAGUACGCGCGCCAAGCUCCAGCUGGCGUACAGUACUCUCGUCCAGCCCCAACUCCAGUCCAGUACGCUCGCCCGGCUCCAGAAGCCGUUCAGUACACUCGUCCAUCUCCACCACCCGUCCAGUACGCGCGUCCAGCUCCAGAGUCUGUGCAAUACGCUCGUCAGGCUCCAGCGUCCAUUCAGUACGCUCAGCCAGCCCCAGCUGCUGUUCAGUACUCCCGACCAGCUCCAGCGCCCGUUCAGUACUCCCAUCCAGCUCCAGCGACCGUUCAAGCCGCGCGCGCCGGACCCGAGGCCGCUCGCCGAGUUCCCAUCAGUGUGGACGAAGCUCACGCUGCCCUCGCCGCAGCAAUGAGCAGAGCGACGGGUGGACAGGCUCCCCUGGCUUACAACGCCUCACCUCUCGACUACGCCAGUCGGGCGUCUCCCUCCCAAAAUCGCGCCCCAGUUGGCUAUGACCUGGGCCGUCCACAGAGUUCCUAAGUCAUUAACACCAUAGAAUUAAAAUAAUAUAUAUAUGAAUCCACA